AUGAAGUUCGAAGAUUGCCGAAUUAACAGCUAUCUGAUAACUUCGCAAAUUGGCGAAGGCGCGUAUGGUCUGGUUUACCAUGCGAUAGAUAUUCACACCCACAAAGAAUACGCCAUAAAGGCCGUUGUUCAAAGUUCUAGUGCUAGCCGUGACGUGGAUGUCGAUGGUGGCGGAACAUUCGAGAAGAGCGCCAGAUUGCAAGGAAGACUCGCUAGACUCUUUAAAGAGUCAAAUAACAUUGUUAGACUACCUUCCAUAGAUCUGGAGUCGAUUGAAAAUAUGUCGGAAGAAAACUUCCGGAAACUACCCCACUAUAAAGAGAUUUGUCUGCAUUUAAAGGUCCAUCACCACAAGAAUAUUGUUACUAUUUACGAGGUCCUGCAAUCUUCAAUCUGUACGUUCAUCGUCAUGGACUACUACCCCACCGACCUGUUUACAUCCAUUGUAGACAACAAACAUUUCACCACCAACGGUUUACUAGUUAAAAAAGUUUUCUUGCAGAUCUGUUCUGCUAUCAACUACUGCCAUGAGCACGGUGUCUACCAUUGUGAUGUCAAGCCUGAAAACCUACUACUGGAUGCCGAUGACAAUGUCUUUCUUUGUGAUUUUGGCCUGUCCACCACUUCCGCUUACAUAGAGCCAAACGUUUGCAUUGGUAGUUCGUACUACAUGCCGCCUGAAAGGAUCUCAUUUGAUAGCGGGAAAUAUCCCGGCCCUAAGGUCAGGGGCCAUAAAUUGAAAAAAAACUGCCCUUCAUGUAACGGUGAUUUAUGGUCGUUAGGCAUCAUCCUCAUUAAUUUGACUUGUAUUAGAAACCCUUGGUUGAAAGCCGACAAAAAGGAGGACAACACGUUUUACUAUUUCACCAAGGACGUCACUGUCUUGAAACAAAUAUUGCCUCUUUCUGAUGCCCUUUUCUUACUACUGUCCAAGAUUUUACAAUUGGAUCCGAAAAAAAGAAUGAGUCUGCAAAGGAUGAUGAAAGAAGUCAGUUCAAUUACGAGCUUUACCAAUGGCGGGCCUCUGUCAAAAGUACCCCCUCUCCCUAGGUCCAUCUACGAAAAAUUCACUGACCCUGUCGAUACCACCAAAAAGAAUCCAUCGUUCAAACAAUACACGCAUACGGACGAGAAACCAUUCUAUUCCUCGUCAACCGACGAAAUUGACCAAGUUAAAGAACAAGAACAAGAAGACAGCGACAGUGGGAGUGGGAGUGGGAGUUUUGGAACUUUGGAUACAGAUACUGGGUUCCACUCUUCAUUCACAAACACAUCGUGUGACUCCGAUAACGACCUCACCAAGCUUCCCAAUAAGAUGUCUUUGUUCGAAAAAAAAUUUAAUGAGCUUCAUAUGAAUGCCUCUUCCUUGACGAACUAG